AUGGCUAGAGGAACCCACUUUGCACCUGCAGGGCAGAGCAGGAUGGUUCCCAGUGCGACCAGCGGGAAAGGAAACCCCGCUUUCUUCAUCAUCUCUACGGUCAACGCCAUCAAUGCCUCGACCGACUCGCACUUGCAUAGUAGCAGCCCCGGCGUCUCGUUCAGCACGAUCCUCCGUGGUUAUGCUCCGCCUCCCAGCUUCACUCACGCAGAUGUCCGCAACAAAGCACAGACGAGCGCCAUCAUCAAAACCUUUGACUAA